UCAAUAAUCUCAGCCGAUGAUUAUACAAAAAAACAUGAAACCAUCAUAUUCAAGGAGAAAAAAAUUAUUCACAGUAAUAAUUAUCAAUCAAUUGAAGAAAAUUUUAAUCAUCAUGACAUAGAAGAUGAUAAUUAUAAUAAUAACAAAUUUGGUUUUAAUAAGCAAUGUAAUGGUUGGCCCAGUGUUCCAAUUAAUGGAGAUAUCAAAUGUUACUCUAAAAGUGGAUGUAUAGCACGUUGUAAAACCGCUUAUCAAUUCCCUAAUGGAGAAAGUCAAAUAACAAUUUCGUGUAUUAAAAAAAAAUGGACAAUUAUUGGAACUGAAUGGACAACAAUUCCACAUUGUGAACCUAUUUGUUUACCUAAAUGUCAAAACAAUGGAAUAUGUAUUUCUCCGAACGAAUGUAAAUGCCUAGAAAACUUUUCUGGACAUCGUUGUCAAUUUGAAGAAAAACCUUGUUUAAAUGAUCCCCCACCAGUACAAAAUUCUCAAAGAAGUUGUAAUACAAAAAUAUGUACUAUCGAGUGUCUGAAUAAGUUUGUAUUUUCUGAUGGAUCAUCAAUUGCUAAUUUAAUUUGUCAAAAUGGUAACUGGGUUCCUACAAAAUCUAAUUGGGUUUCAAUUCCAGAUUGUAUACCAACAUGUACACCACCUUGUGAAAAUGGAGGAAUUUGUCUUGCUUUAAAUGUAUGCCAAUGCCCUAAUGAUUUCCGAGGACCACAAUGUCAAUACUUGGCAGAAGCAUGUUCAACUAAAAAUCUUGGUUUCAAUGGCGGUUAUGAAUGUAAUGGUGAUGAAAAUAUAUUCUCUUGUACACUAAAUUGUCCAAUCGGAGUAAAUUUUACAUCACCGCCAGCUUCCAAAUAUAUUUGUUCCUAUGAAACAGGAAUUUUUGAACCACAACCGAUUCCACAGUGUCAAGUAACAGAAGAUUUUCAAAUAAUUCCAAUAGAAAAUAUUAAAAAUACUUUUUAUAAAAUUUCUAAUCAUUCAUGGACUAUAGAAGGAAUUUCAUUAUCAAAUGCAAAUUUUCAUGAAACAAAAAAUGGCAUGGAAGGAGUAUUUAAUCAUUUUUCAAAUGAUAAAACUGAAUUGAAAUUCAUUCAUAAAGACACGAAAAUGACAAAAAAUUCAUUGGAGUCAAAAGUAUGUUUUACUUGGGGUGGAAUUCAUUUUAAAACAUUUGAUGGUGCAAUAUACACUUUUGAUAGUAAUUGUACCUAUACACUAGUUCAAGAAAUUCAAAAUAAAAUUUUUAUGAUUACAAUACAAAACAGUCAAGGUUGUAACAAUGGAAAUAAUUGUCAUAGAAUUUUGAAAAUUUUCUUACAAAAAGAUGAAUAUAUUUUACACUUGAAUGAUUAUGGUUAUCCUGAAUUUCGAACAUCUAAAAAAAUUUUACCUAUUCCAAGUCAAUUACUUGGAAUGCAAGUUAAAAUGUCUGCACACUUUGUAUUAGUAUCAUUAGAUUUUGUUGGAUUAAAUAUCAAAUGGGAUGGUAAACUCUUUGUGGAAGUAAAAUUAUCAGCAUCUCUAUGGAAUAGAACUGCUGGAUUGUGUGGCAGAAUGAAUGGAGAUCCCAAUGAUGAUAUAAUUGAUAGAGAUUUAACUUAUCCCAAAAGUAUUACAACUUUUAUUUCGUCGUGGAAAGUUUUAAAUAUUGAAGAGAUUUGUGAUGAAAGUAUUGAUCCUACAUCUACUUGUACUUCAAAAGAAAAUAUUGAAACUGAAGCAAAACAUUUUUGUACUAAACUAUUUCUUGAUCAACGAUUUCAAGUUUGUUCUAAAAGCAUCUCUUCAAUGCCAUUCUAUCAUACGUGUGAAUUAGAUUUUUGUCAUUGCAAAGAGAACGAUAAGAAAAAAUGUGCUUGUGAAACAAUGAAUAUUUAUGUUCGUCAAUGUUUUCAUGAUCAAUUAAUACAAUCUAUUGAUUGGCGAUUUGAUAAUUUAUGCCCAAUGGAAUGUACAGGAGGUAGGAUAUAUAAAUCAUGUGGACCCCAGAAACAAUUGUCUUGUAAUACUCAAUUUUCUGAAUUAACAACUGAUAAUUUUUAUUGUGAAGAGGGUUGUUAUUGUCCAAAUAAUACUGUUCUUCAUAAAGAUAAGUGUAUUUCAAUCGAUGAAUGUCCAUGUACUUUGCGUGGAAAAUUAUUUAAACCUGGAUCAUCAAUUUCAAAAAAUUGUAAUACUUGUACGUGUUCUUCUGGUAAAUGGAUUUGUACAGAAGUAACGUGUCGUGCAACAUGUGCAGCAAUUGGUGAUCCACAUUAUGUUACAUUUGAUAAGAAACAUUUUGAUUUUAUGGGAAAAUGUAAUUAUUAUUUAGUUAAAGGAGAUAAUUAUAGUAUUGAAACUGAAAAUAUAGCAUGUUCUGGUGGAAUUUCUGAGAGUAUGGGUUUGUCCAAGUUAACAUCAAUGGAUCAGCCAUCAUGUACAAAAUCUGUUACAAUUCGUCUUGAAAAUCAUUUUAUCAAAUUAAAACAAAAUCAUCAAGUUUUAAUAGACGGUGAGGACGUAACAAAACUUCCUUUGUCUGUAUUUGGAGCUAAGGUUCGAGUGGCAAGUAGUAUAUUUAUUGUAGUAAAUACACCUAAUGGUAUUGAAAUUUGGUGGGAUGGAAUUUCACGAAUUUACAUUACUAUUCCACCGGGAUUCCGUGGUAAAACUAAGGGCUUAUGCGGAACAUUUAAUGGAAAUCAAAAAGAUGAUUUUUUAACUCCUUUUGGAGAUGUAGAACAAUCUAUAAUUUCUUUUGCAAAUAAGUGGAAAACAAGUGAGCAAUGUAAUGAUCUCUCAAAAAUAGAAUUCACACAUCCUUGUGAUAAAAAUCCUGAAAGACAUGUAAUAGCAGAAAAAUAUUGUUCUAGAAUUUUUGAGACCUCUUUUUCGGAUUGUCAUUGGCACGUAGAUCCGGAACAAUUUUAUCAAGAUUGCAAAUAUGAUAUGUGUGCUUGCGAAUCAAGUAUUGAUCGAUGUUUAUGUCCUAAUUUUGCAGCUUAUGCUAGAGAGUGUGCUAAUAGUGGAAUUAAAAUUUUUUGGAGAACUCAAUUUGAAGAAUGUCAACUACAUUGUCCAAAUGGUCAAAAAUAUCAAAUUUGCGGAAAUAGUUGUACAAGAUCUUGUUAUGAUAUUUCAUUUUUUCAAGACUGUCAUCAAGAAUGCAUUGAAGGUUGUAAUUGUCCUGAAGGACAAACUUUGAAUUCACAAGGUGAAUGUAUUUUAAUUGGACAAUGUCCUUGUCAAUACAAUGGAAUAGAAUAUAAUGCAGGAUAUAGAGAAAUUCGGCCAGGACGUAAAAGUGAAGAAUUAUGUACGUGUGGUGGUGGAAUUUGGACAUGUCAUCCAGCAACAUUAGAGGAAAUCAAUGAAUAUCCUAAGAUGACUGAUUUAAAAACACUUUGUAGUGCUACUAAAAAUCUAGAAGCUACUUAUUGUGAACCUGAAGAACCAAAAACUUGUCGAAAUAUGCACGAAUAUAUUAAUCAGCAUAGUCCAGUGAUUUGUCGACCAGGUUGUAUUUGUAAAAAGGGUUACGUUUUGAAUCCUUUAAAUGGAAUUUGUGUUGAACAAAAAAUGUGUCCUUGUUAUCAUGGUGGAAAAAGUUUUGAUGAAGGUGCUAUUAUCCAAGAAGACUGUAAUACAUGUACAUGUAUAAGUGGAAAUUGGAAAUGUACUGAAAAAAUUUGUCGUGGUAUUUGUUCAGCUUGGGGUGAUUCACAUUAUAAAACAUUUGAUGAUAAAACAUAUGAUUUUCAAGGAAUAUGUAAUUAUGUAUUGGUGAAAGGCAGUCUUGGUAAUUUUGAAAAUUUUUACGUAUCCAUUCAAAAUGUUCCUUGUGGAAGUGCUGGAGUAUCCUGUUCUAAAUCAGUUACUCUAUGCAUAAUUGAUGCUGAUAAUAAAGAAUGUAUUACGUUAACUAGAGGAAAGCCUAUAUCAAAAAUUUCAUAUGAAAAAAUAUUUAUUCGGAAAGUUGGACUAUAUAUUUUCUUAGAUAUACCAACUUUAGGAUUAGUUUUACAAUGGGAUCAAGGAACUCGUGUUUAUAUAAAAUUAGAUCCAAAAUGGAAAGGUCGAACUCAAGGUCUAUGUGGUGAUUAUAAUGAUAAUAAUGAAGAUGAUUUUAAAACUCCUUCUGGAGGUAUAUCAGAAGUAUCAGCUCGUAUAUUUGGAGAUUCGUGGAAAGAAGAUAGUUAUUGUCCAGAACCAAUGAAUACUACUGAUACUUGUGUUCUUCAUCCAGAACGAAAAGUUUGGGCAAUUGAAAAGUGUGGAAUUCUAAAAAGUUCUUUAUUUCAAUCGUGCCAUUCUGAAGUCAAUAUUGAACCGUAUAUUCAACAAUGUAUAUUUGAUACUUGUGGUUGUGAUGAAGGAGGUGAUUGUGAGUGUCUAUGUACGGCUCUCGCUGCUUAUGCAUAUGAAUGUAAUGAAAAAGGAAUUCCAUUAAAAUGGAGAUCUCAAGAAUUAUGUCCUAUACAAUGUGAUGAAAAUUGCAGUAUAUAUUCUCCAUGUAUUUCAGCUUGUCCUCACCAAACUUGUGAUAAUUUAUUGAUUAACAAUCAAGAUAUAUCUUUGUGUACUCAAGAUACUUGUGUCGAAGGUUGUACAUUGAAAUUUUGUCCUGAAGGUGAAGUCUAUCGAAACAGUAGUUCAAACGAAUGUGUUCCUAAAAUAUCAUGUAAACCAUUUUGUAGUAAUAUCAGUGGAAUUGUAUACUAUGAAGGUGAUCAAGUUAGUAGUGAUGCAUGUCAUACGUGUUUUUGCAGUAGAAAGAAAUUGGUAUGUAAUGGAGUUCCUUGUCAGUCGAUGAAAUCAAUCGAAUUAACAACUGUUCCUAUGGAAGAACCAAUAAAAUGUAUUGAUGGAUGGACUAAUUGGAUAAAUAAAAAUAAUUAUCAAUUAUUACAAAAUAAUAAGUCGGAAAAGAUGAUAUUUACAGACGUAGAAUCUUUACCUUCAAUAUUAGAUCUUCUUAAUUUAGAAAAUUCAACUCGUUGCUCCAAGGAAGAAAUGAUUGAUAUUGAAUGUAGAACCGUUGGUAGUCAUAAACUAUCAAAAGAGACAGGUUUAAAUGUCGAAUGUAAUAUGGAAUAUGGAUUAGUUUGCCAAUCAAAUAAUAAUAUACUACCUUGUGAAGAUUUUGAAAUUAGAGUUUUAUGUCAAUGCAAUAAUCAAUAUCUUCCAAUUAUUUCAACAAGUCCAUAUUUAACUUCUACUACUGUUUCAUCUACUUUUAUUACCAAACCAUUAACGGAUAAUUGUGAUAUUAAAUAUCCAAAUCAACCACAUUUAACUGAUUGUCAUUCAUUUUAUCAGUGUAUUUCUACAUUAACUGGUACGAAAUUGGUUGAAAAAAUAUGUGGAAUAGGUACCAUGUAUAAUUCGGAAACGCAAACAUGUGAUUGGCCAUAUAAUGUAAUUAAAUUACGACCUGAAUGUGGUCAGAUGAAGAAAAUAACUGAAAUUCCAAAUGAUUGCCAAGAAGGAGAGAUAUGGAAUGAAUGUGCCAUAAAAUGUAAUCAAACAUGUUCUAAUUAUUAUCAUAUUUUAGUUGAACAAAAUUUAUGUUCCUCAGAUUUAAGUUGUGUACCCGGUUGUGUAAAUGAAACUGAAUAUUCUAAUUGUCCGUCACAUAAAUUUUGGCGAGAUUCUCAUAAUUGUGUUGAUAUUUUUGAUUGUCCGUGUAUUACUCAUAAUAAUACAAUUAUUAAACCAGGUAUAGUAGUUACUGAAUCAGAAUGUGAACUCUGUCAAUGUUUAAGUAAUUAUUAUACUUGUGACAAAUCACUCGGAUGUGAAAAUAUAUCAUCCACUAAAAACGUAAAUCCCACUACUUUGUCAUCUAUAACAACUAUUGAACAUAUGUCAACGAAAAUAGAAUCACUAUUGAGUACAGCAUAUUCAUAUAUUUAUGAAGAAAAUAAAAAUAAGCCAAUUUGUAAUGAUUCUAUGGGAUUGGAUGAUGGCUUUAUGUCUGAGGAACAAAUUACAGCAUCGUCGUCAUAUGAAAAUCUUAUUUCUAAUCUUCAAUUAUCAUCUACAAAGAUAUGGCAACCUGUAUUGGAUAAUCCACAUCAAUAUAUACAGUUUGACUUUUUACAAAAUCGUAAUCUUACGGGUAUUAUGAUAAAAGGUCUAAAUGAUAUUUGGACAGUUGCAUAUAAAGUAUUUUAUGGCAAUGAUAUUUAUCAUUGGAAUCCUAUAGUAGAUGAACUUGGAAAUAAGAAAAUAUAUUUUGGAAAUUUCGACGAUGUAACUGUUAGAAUAAAUUAUUUUGAUAAACCUAUCAGUGCACGCUUCUUGAAAAUUCAACCAGUAAAAUGGCACAAUCAUAUCGGACUAAAAGUUGAAAUUUUAGGAUGUUUUAUUCCAUAUUCACCAAUCAAGCAAAUUCAUCCAAUUAAAAUUGUAGAAUUUAAAUCAAAGUGUAAUAUUUGCCAUGGAGUGUUUGAAAAAUCAUUAGAAAAUAUUGACUGUAAAUGUAGUAAUGCACUUUGGUGGAAUGGUGAAUUUUGUGUUGAAAAACAACAGUGCCCAUGUGUAGUAGAGAAUGUAUUGUAUUCUGUUGGUACAAGUUUUGAAACUAAUGAUUGCCGAAAAUGUUUAUGUGCUAUGGGAGGUAUUCCUGAAUGCCAUUUAAAAAUAUGCCCACCAUGUAAUGACGGAAACAUGCAAUCUGUUGUUACUGAAUUAUGUGGUUGUUCUUGUAAACCAUGUCCAAUAGACACUUUAUAUUGUUCAUCAACUAAUGUAUGUAUUGAAAAAUCUGCAUGGUGUAACGGUGUUAAAGAUUGUCUUGAUGACGAAACAAAUUGUACAAAUGAAGUUGAAGAAAUAAGUAAUAAUAUGACAAAAAAUUCUACAACAAUGGUUGUUGUAACUACUACUGAAAUUAAAAAUGUAACAAAAUUCGAGUGUGAAAAGCCUAUUUGUCCUCCAGGAUACAAACCGAUUCUUUCAGAAUCAUCAAAAAUUCAAUAUACACAUUAUUCUUCAUCAAAUAGUCGAAUAAUUAGAGAUAGAGGAACCAAAAAUAUUCAACGAAUUACUAAAGAACCUCGCAAAAAAGAAAAUAUUAAUUAUGAAAAUGAUUUAAAUUAUAAUGUAAAAUGUCCACAAUUUUCUUGUAAACCACACCAUUUUUCAUCGGAUUACGAUGUUGUGAAUAAAUCUUCAAAUGAAUGCCCUAAAAUUCAAUGCCCUUCUAAUUAUCAAAUUAUUUAUGAACCAACAAGUAUGUAUGAAUUAGUACCAUGUCCAAAGUAUACAUGCAAACCAUUAUUGCCAAAGGAAAAUAUUUGUAAUGUUGUUGGAAGGACAUUCAAUACAUUUGAUAAUUUAGAAUAUAAAUAUGAUAUUUGCAAUCAUAUUUUGGUACGGGAAAUGUUUCAUAAUUUAUGGUAUAUUACUUUGGAAAAACAUUGUACCCGACAAAAUGAUUCAUGUACUAAAGUUCUUGCAAUAGUAAUAGAUAACGAUGUGAUCGUUUUACAUUCGAAUAUGAAUGUUGAUAUUAAUGAAUAUACCUAUACUCAACAACAAUUGGAUUUCCUUAAAAAUCGUUACACAAGUUUUAAAAUAUGCACAAUUGGAAAUUUUAUUCACUUUACUUCAUAUACUUAUCAAUUUUGGAUCAUAUGGGACGAAAAUUUAAAUGUUAAAAUUGGAAUACCUGAAACUUUAGUUCAUCAUGUUGAUGGUUUAUGUGGAUAUUAUGAUAAGUUAGCUGAAAAUGAUAAACAAAAACCCGAUGGAAGUCAAGCUUUAACAACGAAAGAAUUUGGUGAUAGUUGGGCAAUGGAUGGAACUCCUGAGUGUGAACGACAAAAUUGUCCAUUAUCUACUCUGGAUAAAUCUAAAAUAAUUUGUAAUACAUUAAAGGAUAGAUCAUUUAGCAUGUGUCAUAAUGUACUGGAUAUAGACAAAUAUAUUUCACGUUGUUUGGAGACAACAUGUAUUUGUUUAAACGAAAAUAAAACGGUUGAUGAUUGCCGAUGUCGUGCAUUGAACUCAUUUACAGCCGAAUGUCAAUCGAGAGAUUUUACUUUUGAUUUAUCAAUAUGGAGAAGUAUUCACAAUUGUCCAGUUUAUUGUCCAUCACCUUUUAUUUACAAGGACUGUUUCCGGAAUAAAUGUGAAAUGACCUGUCGAAAUCUGCAAGAAGUAGAUCCUUGUCCUAUAAUGGACGUUUGCUUUUCUGGAUGUUUUUGUCCUGAUAAUUUAAUUCGUAAUGAUAAUUUGUGCAUCACCGCAUCAGAAUGUCGUGAUUGUAAGUGCAAUAGUUUUGGAAAUUCUAAUUUAAUUAAUUUUAAUGGAAAAAAUUUCACUUUUAUGGGAAAUUGUACAUAUAUAUUAUCACAAGAUACCAUCAAACAUACAAGUAACAAAGUAGAUAAUCAUACUUAUCAAAUUCUUAUAACUAAUAUACCAUGUUCUAAAGGAAUUUGUACUGAGGCGUUAAGUGUUUUAUACAAAGGACAUUUUUUACAAAUAGAACAAAAAUCUUAUAUUAAGAAUUUUAUUAGUACUUUAGAUGGAGAACCAUUAAAAAUUCCAUUUAAAAAUACUUGGAUGAGUUUAAGCAAAGCUGACAACGAGGACAUUACUUUAUUAAUACCAGCAAUACAAUUAGAAAUAAUUACUUAUUGGCAUAAUUUUGCAUUUAUAAUCAGCUUGUCAUCGCAUAUUUUUGGUGGUGCAAUAGAAGGACUUUGUGGAACUUGUAAUUUAAAUAAUGAUAAUGACGAAGAAUUUAUUAAAUCUAAUGGAGAAUUGACCAAAAAUGUUGAUGAAUUUGGUGCUAGUUGGUUAGCUAUUGGAAUGCCUCAAGUCCGAUUUUCGGAUAGUGAAGAUUGCUCAAUUCAACCAGAAAACAAUUGUACACUACCAGUUUUAAAUGACGAUCCAUGUCAAAUUCUUCUUAAUGUUGAUACUUUUGGUCAUUGUCAUGCUUUAAUAGACCCUCAACCAUUUUUACAAUCUUGUCAUUAUACUUUAUGUGAACACGGAAAUAUUUGUGGUGAUUUAGAAUAUUAUGCUCAAAAAUGCAGAGAGGUUGGUGUAUGUCCGAAAUGGAGAACCAAUAAUCUUUGUCCAUUUGAUUGCCCAAAUUACUUAGAAUAUCAACCUUGUGGAUCUUGUCCUAAAACUUGUAACAAUUUGAAUGAUAUUAUACAGACAGAAGAAUAUAAAUGUAAUGAUAAUAAUAAUAUGGAAGGAUGUUUCUGUCCGGAAAAUUUUGUUCUUCAUAAUAGUUCUUGUAUUCCUGAAAAAGAUUGUUUCAUUUGUGAUGAUCAAGGACAUGUUGAUGGUGACGUUUGGAAUAUAGAUAAAUGUACUUCAUGUUAUUGUUAUAAUAAAGUUGUUAAUUGUGAGAGAAAAGAGUGUCAAGCACUUGAUGCUAUUUGUGAACCAAAUUUUACUCCAAUGGCUGUUCCUGGAACGGAGAACGAAUGCUGCAUAAAAUAUCUGUGUGUUCCUAUUCCGACAAAUUCUCCACCAACAUGUGUUGAACCUCAACAACCUGAAUGUGGUUAUGGACAAACGAUGAAAUUAAUAAUUGAUAAUGAUGGUUGUCAGAAAUUUAUUUGUCAAUGUUUACCAUUAGAAGAGUGCCCUUUAAUAAUAGACAAUAUCUCGACAGAAGUUGAAAAAGAAAAUUAUCAAGAAGGAUAUACUUUAAUUGUAAAUACUACGGGAUGUUGUCCAAGAUCUACUCUCGUUUGUCAACCAGAAACUUGCCCAUUACCACCAAAAUGUCCAGAGUAUCAUGAUUUAAAAGUUUCUCAGAUUCCAAAUGGUUGCUGUUCUAUUUAUAAUUGUGAGCCGAAACAGAAUGUUUGUCUAUAUACACCAGUAAUUGAUAAUAUCAAUGAUGAGAAAGUAAUUGUAAUGCAAAUUAAUGAAACAUGGAAAGAUGGACCUUGUAAUGUUUGUACAUGUGAAAAAUCUUUAAAUAAAUAUCCUACAGCAGUUUGUGUAACAACUGAAUGUUUGAAUCUUAAAAAUCAUCCAGACUCUAAUGAUUAUGCAUUGAAAGAAAAUAUUAUUACUGAUCAAUGUUGCCCGCAAAUUGAACGAUUUGCUUGUAAAGAUAAUGAAAAAAUAAUUAAUGUUGGAGAAGAAUGGCAUUCAGAUACGAAUGAUUCAUGUGUUACAAUCAAAUGUGAAAAUACAUCUUAUGGAAUAGAAAAGAAGUUGUUCUAUCAACCGUGUCGAAGUUUAUGUAAAAAAGGAUUUGAAUAUAAAUCAUCUAACAACGGAGGUUCUCGUUGUUGUGGAGAAUGUGUUGCUACAUCUUGCGCUGUAAAUGAUACAUUGAAAGCUAUUGGUGAAAAAUGGCAUUCUGACGAUUUCUGUAUUUCUUAUGAAUGCCUUUUGGAUCAUGAUAAUCAUACUCAAAUAAAAGAAUCAAUUGUUCAAUGCAACAGACUUGAUCCAUUAGAAAAUGAAAAAUAUAUAAUUGAAACGGUCUAUAUUAGUGGGAACUGUUGUCCUACAUAUAUUCGCAAAGCUUGCAAAGCUAAUGGCAAAAUUUAUAAACCUGGAAGGAGUUGGAAAAAUGAACUUAACGAUUGUUUAAUAGAAAAUUGUGUUGUAAUAGAUAAUGAAAAAGUUGAAAUUCAAAAAACUGUUCAGAAUUGUAACACGAGUUGCGAAUUUGGCUGGGAAUAUCAAAAUCCUGAAGAAGGACAAUGUUGUGGAAAAUGUAAACAAUUAUUUUGUGUGUAUGAAGGUAUAUUAUAUAAACCUCAUUCAAUCUGGUUUUCAAAAGAUAAUUGUACAAGAUACGAAUGUCAAUAUCAUAAUGAUCAGUUUAUUGUCAGUGUAAGUUUGCCGGUAUGUCAAGAUGUUUCAUCAUGUCCGUUGGAAAAUAUUUAUAAUAAUGGAUGCUGUGAUAUAUGCAAUGCGACAAUAUCAAAUUAUCAAAAACUUUGUCUGGUUGAAGUCCUUGAACCAGAUUCAACAAUAGGAAUAAUAUCUGAAAAAAGAGGAAAACACGGAAUAUGUCAUAAUUUUCAAGCAAUUGAUGGAAUUACUGAGUGCCAUGGAACAUGUAGUUCAUCUACAUAUUUUAAUUCUUCAACUGGUAUUCAGGAAAUAAAUUGUCAAUGUUGUAAACCAACAAAAAUGAAAGAGAUUAAUAUCAAUCUCAUAUGUGAAGAUAAACAAAUGUUGCCAAAAAAAAUUUAUGUUCCAGCUGCAUGUUCAUGUUUUGAAUGUCAAUCUCUGUAAUCAGAGAAAGACUGAACUUUUGAUAGUUUAUAAUCGAAUACAGAUAUUUAUAUAAGUAAACUUUCUAAAUAUUGCAAUUAAUUUUUAAUUUUUUUUCUUAAAUAAAGCCAAUUUUUAUUUCAUAUGUAAUUGUAAUUAAUGAAAUUGGCUGAUUAACAAUUUAUCAUAAUUUAUUAGACAUACAUAAUGGCCCAAUAUUGUUUGUUUACUGAUUUUUUGUUAGUAAUGAAAAAUUAUUCA